ACGAACAAAAACGAUGAACGGAGCAUUUUACGUUGUUGUUUGCUUCUAAGCAAACUUAUCGAGUCGGUGGAUAGCAUUUAUUGACGAGUAAGGUUUUGAAGGUUCUGUUUUAGUGUUCUAUUUGUUUCCUAUUUUGGUUGCUUAUGUGGGAUUUUGAGUUGGUUGAGAGAUGUUAGAAAUGGCUAUGAAUUUAAUUAUAAAUAACCAACUUAAAUCAUAAGUGUAAUAUAUUAAAUCAUAAGCCCUCUUCUACAUAUCUAAAUACACAAAGAAAACCAACAUAAAAACAAAUGAAAAUGGUGCAUGUUUUUUCAGCCUCCAAUGUUUUUAAGUUUGUGUUUAUAAUCUUGGCGUCAAUUGAACAACAUGCGAUCGUAAAAUCCAACCCGUUAUGCCCUUCGGAGUAUCCAAAGUUUGGAGUACCAAUUUACAAAGGAGAUAUAGACAUGUUGCAGUUUGCGGAGAAUCUAGAGCAUUUGGAAGCAGAUUUCUUCCUAUGGAGUUCACUCGGUUAUGGACUCGACAAAAUUGCACCCGAGUUGGUCAUGGGGGGCCCACCCCCUAUCGGUGCUCAGAAAGCAAAUCUCGAUUUCCUCACAGAAAAAAUCAUUCGAGAAUUCGCCUUUCAAGAAGUUGGCCACCUUAGGUUCAUUCUUGAAGCCACUAUUUUUNNNAAUAUAUUCAAUGAAGCAUUUGGUUACGAAUUAGUACCGCCUUUCAACCCAUACCGUAACAGCUUAAGCUACAUGUUGGCUUCUUAUGUCGUUCCGUAUGUAGGAUUACUUGGCUAUGUGGGCACUAAUCCUAAAUUGAUUGGCUAUGUUUCCAAACGGCUAUUGGUAGGAUUAAUGGGAGUGGAAGCAGGGCAAGAUGCAGUUAUAAGAGAGUACCUAUAUGAACGGGCGGCAAAGGUGGUGCACCCGUACAAUCACACGGUGGCGGAGUUCACAAUUCGAAUAUCGGAAUUGAGAAACCGUUUGGCGAGAUGUGGAAUAAAGGAUGAAGGAAUUAUAGUACCUCCAUUUCUCGGGGCAGAGAAUCGGACCGAACGCAACGUAUUGUCAGCGGACUAUAACUCACUCUCGUACAGCAGAACUCCGCCGGAGAUACUAAGGAUUGUUUAUGGCACCGGCAGCGAGUGUGUCCCCGGGGGAUUCUUUCCGAAGGGAGGAAAUGGAAGAAUAGCUCGACGGUUUCUAGAUAAGCCGUGAAAUUAAAAUAUUAUUAUUAUGGGUGUGCUA